UGCUCCAGGGUCACAUAUUCUAUUGCUCGUUUGUACCUGAACGUUUUAAAACUCUUAUAUUCUUGGUUCUUGUCUCACGGAGUGUUUCUUCGGCUCUCUAGCUGUAUUUGGAGCAGGCUGUUUUGUGAGAAGUCGCUGUGUUUGAGCAGCACAUGUGUUUCUCUCUCAUCAGUGCGACAGCUGCACAGGGAAUUCCUGCGGGCCGGGUCAAAUGUCAUGCAGACGUUCACUUUCUACGCCAGCGACGACAAACUGGAGAACAGAGGGAACAAGCUGACCUUCACCGGCCAGCAGAUCAACGAGGCCGCCUGCGAUCUGGCCAGAGAAGUAGCCAGCGAGGGCGAUGCUCUGGUGGCCGGCGGAGUCUCGCAGACGCCCUCCUACCUCAGCUGCAAGAGCGAAGAUGAGGUCAAGAAGAUCUUAAAGAAGCAGCUGGACGUCUUCAUCAAGAAGAACGUGGACUUCCUGAUCGCUGAGGUG